AUGUCCGACACCUCGCGCCCGGCGAAACGCGCGCGCAGGACCCCAGCGCCCACAUCGAAGCCGCACCACGCCUCGCGCGCAGCCUCCUCGUCCAAGCGCAAUGGGGUGAACAACAACUCCACCACAGCACCCAAUGGCGCCACCAAGACCACAACCUCCGCCAGAAGACCCAAUGGCGCCGCCGCCGCCGCCGCCGACGCAGAAAACGACGACCGCCCAGCCACGCCGCUGCCCUACGUCCCCAACCGCGCGAUCCCGCCCAUCGCCCCCACGCCUCCGUCCGCGUGCCCGCUGCCCCUCCCGCCCGGCCGCCGCGCCAGGAUCGUCUCGCGCCGCUACGACCCCGUCUCCAUGCAGCCGCUGUACCGGGUCCGCAUCGAGGCUUGCUCGUCGCCGCCGGCGCCGGCGCUGAAGCAGCAGCAGCGGCGGAAGCAGCGGUAUGAAGGUUCGCCAUCAUCGUCGUUGGGCGGACGCGGUUACCACGACGGCUACGACGACGAUGACGACGACGAUGCUGAUCGGGGCACAAGCGACGCUGCGAUACGGAUGACAACAACACAAAAUGGCGGCGGUGCACCGCCAGUAGUAUUGCCCGCGGAUGACAAGGACGACAAUGACGAAAAUGACGAUGAUGACGACGUCGAAGAACACACGGCGCCGCUCGCGGACAUCCUGUCGUGGGUGUCGGCGGCGGAGCUGGAGCGGUUCGAGCUGGCGUGGGAAGACGACGUCGUGGUCAUGGUGGACGAGGAGGGCGCGGUGCUGCUGGUGAGCAGGGAGGCGCAGCGGGCGAUGAUGGGAUGGCGGGCGCAGGAGCGGCAGCAGGGGCAGCAGGGGCAGCAGCAUGACGAGCGGAAAGCGGUGGCGAGUGCUGCUGCGGAUGGUGGGGUGGAGGUGGCAGCGGCGGCGGCGGCGGCGGCGGCGGCCAUGUCGGAGGGGGAGAAGAAGGGGAGGAAGCUGAAGGGGAAGAAGAAGCCAACGAGGGAGUUUGUCGAUUUGCUGCCGCCGCGGAGGAGGAGGGGGAGGACGCCGAAGACGGCGAAGGUGAUGAUGGGCGUUGUGGGUGUGGAGGAGGAGGCGUUGCAGACGGUGGAGGAUACGGUGGAGGGGGAGGGGGAUGUGGAUGUGGAUGUGGAUGCCCUGUCGGAGACGGCGGAGUAUGGGGAGUGGGUCAACCCGGCGAAAGUGAGGGGGAUGGUGUCCGAGAGUGGAGCGCCGGAUCGCGGCAGCGGCGGCGGUAGCAACGAGAAGGAUGAGCUGGCGCUAACGGAUGCGAGCGAGGAUGAGCAUCAUUUGGGGAAGUGGAGGGCUGGGGUAGAUUUGCUCUCGGCAGAGCGGUCGGAGGCGUCGUCUCGUGCAAGUACCACCCAACGCUACAUGACGACGGGUGAUGGCAGCACACCUUUUGACGAUACGCUCAUGCCAGCUUCCCCGGUUCGUCGCUCGAUGUCUAGUAGAGGUGCCUCUCUACGACGCUCGUCGUUGGCGUCCAACAAUUCAGCAGCCCAUUCUUUCCGCACCGCCGAUAGCCGCAUACGAUCCAGGCAAGCCAGCGCCGCUCUUUCGCGGUCAAGCUUCAAAACGGGAGCGGAGAACGGAGCAGCCAGCCUACUUUCCGCCUUUAAUUCGACUCAAAACUCAUCGUCACGGCGGCAAGGCGCACAACAGAACAUCGACGACUCUGACGCCUCGGCGGGCUCGAGCAAGCAGGCGGCCGCGAAACGAAAAAACUCGGAACGCCGCCGUUCACCAAUCACCGUCCCUACUACGUCUACUCGGCACCAAGCGUCGAGCAUGCUGCAUCCUCCCGCGGAGGGCUCGUCCUGGGAGCCAGAGGUGGCAGAAGAGGAAGAAUACGAAAUAGAGUCGAUCAUAAGAGAUCAGUUCUUCGAGGGCAAGCGGUACUACCUAGUCAAAUGGGCGAACUGGCCACCGGACGAGAUGAGUUGGUUCGCGGAGGAAGAACUAGACGGCGCUCGGGAAGUGCUGGAUGCCUACCUUGAAGGCCGGGAGGAGUAA